AUGACGAGUAGCGUCCAGAAAAUAAGUGAAAAUGAUGGAGAACGAACUACAGCAGCGCACCUCCCUGCUCUCCUCAGGAAGCGGCGGGCGCUGGCAGCCCUUCGCCUGCACAACACGGGUCAUCUGCCGUUCGAGGAGCGCCGCUCUCUCUGGAGAGCAAACAACGGAGCCGCUCCGCGCCCCGGCCGCGCGCACGGCCACGCGCUCAUUGCCCCGCAACGGCCGCAGCGCGCGGCCCCGCCCGGCAGGGAAAUGGCAGAGCCGCGCAGCGCCGUGGCUGAGGACAGCUGCUGGAAACGAUAUGUUGAAAGUGAGCUUGAAACUGCAAGAAGAUGGUCUCACAAAUGGGGAUUUUUGAAAACAGCUCUUGAGGAGUUGACUGAAGAUGAAAAGAAAAAAAAACCAAAGCCCAAGAUACAGCUUCCAGAGCAUCUGCGGAUUCGACCUGUGACACCUGUGGAAAAAUAUAUUAAGGUGGAUCCAUCUCCUCCAGUUCCAAGGACUUCCCAGGGAUUUAUUGGCUGGAGAUCAGCUGUUCCAGAGCUGCAACUUGAACGUUGUUUUCAAAUCCAGAGCUGCAAAGGCGCCUUCUCCAAGGAUCUGCACUGGCCACGCGAGCCCUCUGACUGACAGUAGGAAACAGCAGCUGGGCACACAGAAGCACUUGCAUUCCAAAGUUAACAUUCACCAGUGGAUUGUUCAAUGCCUCUAUAAGCACCCACAAUCACUGUGGCAAUGUGUGAACAUCACAAUGCAGCAUUUAGCUUGGUGCAGAUUUUUUGGAACCUAUAGCAUUCAUGCUGUGAAUACUGCUUCUGAGUUGCCUAGUUUCCAGUAGAGCUGCCUGAUUGGUUUAAGUAAAGCUUACAAAGGCCGUUCAGUAAAAUAAAGUCACUUUCUAAAAGCAGUUUUGGUAUCAGAAGAGUUUUUUGUUGUUCAGAAUAUAAGUUUCUAAGCAUAAGUUUCAAAACAAAAAUAUGCCACCAAGUAUUUAUGUUGCUGCAGAUUUUUUAUACCAAUGUUUAUAUCAAUCAGGACUGGUAUGAACUCAGAAACAGACUGUUGAAGUCUAAGUAACUUCAUUUAAAAAAAAAAAAGAGAGAGAGAGAGAAGCUAAAUUGGCCUUCAAGUAUUUUCUUGCACUGAAAAUUUCUAAAUACAUCCAUCUUCAUACAUCAUUUAACACGUUUUGUAUAAAAAAGACAAUGUGUUAUCAAAUCACUGCUUAUGGCAGGCCUAUUUUCAGAAAUAUUUGUGUAGAAACAAAAAUAAACACAUGAACACCACAGCAGCUUCUUGAAUAACCCACCAGGCGUUCCUCAGUUUAUCACACACUCCCUCUUUGGUUGGAAGGUUCGUCACACAGCACUGAGGUUUGGCUGCUUUUGGAAUCUCACCUGUAUCCUGCUUACCAAACACAGCAGCAUAGCAACCACAGCACAGUACGAUACAGCAUGGAGAGAGAAAAUAAAGUACAUUUCCACACUGUCACCUGCCAUUAAAUCAAUCAAAUAUCUGAGCGAGGAUCGGAAUCAGCACUGGGUCCCUCCUGCCUCGCACUCUCAGAUAAAGCUGUGUGAAUUGGUUCCUCCUGUAAGCGAUGAGGAAUCCAAGGUGUUUGGUUCAGAAUGGACACGUUGGAUGCUGUUCAACACUUCUUGCUAUGGUUUUAGCAAAGCAAAUGGAGAUGAGAGGAACGUGUUAACAGCAAACCACAUGAAUACCUGUUUACAUACAAGAGAUUGUUUCUGAAAUCUGUAGAAUUUGUUCUCUUGUACGCAGUCUUGCAAACUAAACUACAUUUUACAUUACACACAUGUUCAUUAACAGUAAGGGAUUGCCAUGGGAGCUAUUGGUGCAGCUAUCUCAGUGUUGGAGGGCUCAGCCUUGCACUUCAUCACCCACCUGCAGAUUUGCCAGGACUUCUGAAAACUCACAAGGAGCCUCAUUUAGGUGCAGCAGUUGUUUGCAGAUUCUAGUUCUAGUUAACUAAUGGAUAACAUUCAAAAACUGUUAAACAAAUGGCUCCAAGAAGUCCAUACAGGCAAUUCUUAGUAGUCCUCAUUACUUAGGGAGAAAAGGCUUUCCUCUGUAAUCCUGCUGCUAGAUCUCCACUGUUUUCUGCAGCAAUCAAUUCGUGCUUGAGUCAGCACUGAGCCCUUGGCUUUCAUAGCAGUAGGUCAGCAGCAUUUGUUCUUUCCCUCUUCCCAAGAAAUGACUCACAAUGAUCAACAGCCCACCUACUUUUUUUACAUCCAGUUCCAAGUGCCCACAAAAUAACUAUGUUUUACUUUUUCCAUAUUCUUUACAAAUAAUGGAGAAGUGAAUCAUAUCCUUUGGAAAAAUUACUGAAGAAUGAGAAUACGCAGCAGAACUGCAGCCUUCAAAAACAGAAUAAAGAAUUACUUGGAAUCACACACUGGAAAUUUAAACUAAAUUGCGCUUUAGCUACUAAGUAUACAUGUUAAACUGUUCAAUGAAAAAGCAAGAUAAUUAUAUUUUACAUCAUUUUUCAAUUUUAAGUGCUUUCCUGUCAUUGCUAUGUUUCUGUAUUUAUAUAAGUGUGUGUCUCCAUAUGUAACAUGGUUCCUCAGCUUUUAAGGUCACGCACAGAUACUUUUAUUCUUGUUUGAUUUAGAUAAACCAGUAUUGUAACAUUAAUAUGUAAUUUGGUAGCAAUAAAAUUACAUGGAUUCCAGCAAAAUGAAAGGGGAGCUUCACAACCACAGUUUUAAAAUGUUACAUUACAGGUCCAGAGCUGGCAUCUGAUAUCCAGUAGAUGUUUGUAUAUAGUGAAAACCAACUCCGUAUGAGUCACUGAUUUUGGAAGCCCAAAUAAGCUCCUUGUCCACCACCCAUCGUUGGACAUUUCUGAAUCUUAUUUCCAAUGUCUGAGUAUUGACUCCAUAUGAGCAAUUAAGUGGUGUUUUUUUUCUUUUUUUUCUUUUUUUUACUAUACUUUCUAUCAUUUAUAGUGCUUUUACUUCCAGAAAUACUUUAUAAAGAUAAUUUGGAGGAUGCAUAAACAUUAUUGCCUAAAAUUUUAACUUCCUAUAAGGUAAAUCUGUGAAGUGCUGAUCCAUACAUUUAGGAUUUUGGUAUUCAAGAAUACACAAGCUAGAAACCUUUCUUUUCCCAGCACAUUUAAUUUGACCUUUCAUACCUAAAAAAUGUGUGAAGUGGUUUUAGAUUUGCAACUGACAACGUACUGCCCAGUCAACUGCCUCAGUCGUGAGCCCAACUUGCUGAUACAGGAUUAUUAAAUCAUCUUGUAAGGUUUAAACCUGGCAUCUCAUUUCUGGAAAUUAACCUAUUUUUUGGAGCCAAGUUGCACACAUAAAUGUCACUGCAUGCUGUAAAAUAUCACACUAUUUCCAAGGUCGGGAUGGUGUUAGUAAAUUCAGUGCACAUCGUGGGGGAAAGGCUUCAUAACAAAAUUAAAUCACUUCAAAAAUGCAGCAAAAGUUGGGAGAAAUGUAAUUCUGUACAAACAUCUAAGCCUGUGCUCCUAUGCAAGUCGGAGCAGAAAGAGCUGUUUCUAAACAUGCAUAAAAUGUUACAUGGAUUAUUUUUAACCAAAAUUUGAAAAUGAGAUGCUAUUUGUCUUCUAUGCUCCAGUGUAAGCUUCAUUUAAUGUAGACAUUCAUCAUGCUUUUGGUGGCCUGAGGCUCCCACCAGCAAAGUGAAACAGCAAUUCCUCCUUAGCUGACUCACAUUUUUCAGAGAGCUGAAGCCAUCUUGUCUUCUGACUGCGCUUUCAGUUCAAUUUCCUUGCUAUCAUGCUGCUGUUAAAGAGAAACUGCAGAGUACGCUUUCAGAAUUCUACAUGCAAAAAUACUUGUGUAUUUUGUACACAACCAACAGCAAUACAUGAAAUCAGCCACACACCUUUUGUGACUGUGGAUGUGUGAUGAAAUAAUAGUAGGGACUUGAGUUACAGUUGUAUUUAAGUUGAAGAACUAUGAAAUCAGAAUUAUCCUUCUCAUAAGCACUUGCUUGCCCAUUCACACGUAUCAUUUCCUUCAGUGAAGGAUUCUUUGUGGUUUCUUGCACAUUCUACAAAGCACCAAACACUAGCCAUUAUCAACCAGCCCCAAACCUCUACUCCCACGCGAAGCCCAGUCCAGGUCACUCCUUGCAUUAGGUUUCUAAAUGCAAAACCCUAAAUGUCAUUGCAGCAAGACAGAUAAGGCCUGCUCACAAACUAUUACCUCCUUCCUGGCUCCUGUGGUUUUCACAUCCCAUCACACUGUUAUUUAACUGGUCGAAAGCUUGUCAAAUAAUUCCAUAGGACUACAGUGUAAUAAACUGAACUGUACUGGAAAAUGAUACCAUCGUGCUGUGACACUGAUUGGGUUCAGUGUAAAAAAUGCUACCCCUUUGAUCUGCUCUAUCAGACAUGGAAAGGACAAGCCAUAAAGCAGUGUUCAAAACAAAACCAGAAACUUUCCAGAACUAACAAAGAAAUUGCUAACAUCUGAUUCACAUUACACCAGCAAAACAGAAGUCUGGAGAAGGACCUUGUUUUGAUCAGAUGACUUGGAGAUAUUCUUGAUCUUAGGGUCGCUCACACACAUCUCAACACUUGCUAUGUUACGAAGAACAAGGAGAUUAGAAGACCAUUCUUUCUUGUACAUCUGGGUGGUACGUUUAUUUUCAUAAAGGUUUCUAACAGAAAACUCUCUGAUAUAACCUGAACAGGACAGCUUUUCAUCUCAGAGCCAAAACUCUCAGCAUGCUGUCACCUUUAAAGUAAGAUACACUUACCAGUCUGAGCACUGUGUUUUGUACACCCUUACAGAGCAUGAAACAUUCAAAACUCUCCCAAGGCAGUCAAGCCACUGAGCACCUAGCACAAAGCAUGCAGAGCAACUGGGAAGAGCGUUCUGAAGCACUUGUCUUUGCCCCUCUGCUGCUCAUGAGCUGCCUUCAGCUGGCUGCCAUGUAACAACGGGUUGCACACAGUGCUGGGGGAGGCAGAGCAGCAGAUGCUCAGAGAAGGAUCAGAUGGGAUCAGACAUAAAAGUAAACACAACAAGUUAAUUUUAAUUCCUAUUUGCUUAAGCAUACGCAGCUCUACUUGCUAUAACACACAAAACUCUUAGUGGACACAUGAGGCAAUCUAUUCUUCAGAACACUGCCACUUCCAAAGGUUGUAAAGCAGAUCAGCAGAAAGCAUCAUUGCUUCUGAUCCCCAGUGUGAGAUUUUUCCAGCCUUCGAUGCUUUUUUCAUUCUCAAGUCAGUACAGUGAUCUCAAAAGUAACAUAACACAGCCUCAGUAAACUUUCUGUGAGUACAAAAAAUUCACCAUGUUUUGCAACAGCACAGGAAAUUGUAGAUCAAAGCCUGGUUGUUACCUCUAGGCACAUUAUUUCUUUUGUAAGAAAUGAGAACAUCUGAAAAAACGGAACUUGAAGUAAGCAUGUUUCCUCCCCUUUGGAAAUACCUAAGCAAGGUUACAUGUUACGUUAUACUCCGUACAUUAGAGCACAGUGCAUUAUAAUUUCUUCUUUAGAGAGUAACUCUGAGGAUAAUUACCUGUCCUGCCUUUUGUAUCUUUUAAGUUUAUUGUUCCUGAUUUGCAAUGGUAACAAAAAGCUACGGAUUUUGAGGACAACUGAGAAAAAAUUGUUUUUCACCCAGGAGUGAAAAAUUCCUUCUUUUCAGUAGGAAUUACCUAAAAGUUCUGCAUUUCCUGUCAACAAACUGAGAAAACUCUCAGUUUUUCCUACAUUUCUCCCAUGGCCCUGGGCAAGCUGGCCCAGUAUUACAUAGGGAGGUUGGUGGCCCUGCCUGUGGCAGGGGGUUGGAGAUUCGUGAUCCUUGAGGUCCCUUCCAACCCGGGCCAUUCUGUGUUUCUGUGCUGAAGUUUACCCAGCUGAAGUUACGAGGGUUUGGUCUGAAUUCAUUUUGUGUUGAAGGAUCUUUAAACCCACGGCCAUUGCAUGCUUAUUACAAUAAUGAAUCAAACUACAACUUUAAGGAUUCUCCAGUUUCACUUAACUGUUUUGGAAUAGAGGAAAGCACUGCAUCACUAAAAAAAUUAUAAUAACAGAUAACACAUAUUUAUAGACUUUAAUGUGAACCAGCUGACCAGGUCUCUAUUCCAAGCUCUACUGUUUCCUUAUCACAUGAUAAGGUUCUGCAGCCCCUUUUGGUGACAUGUACUGCACAGCUACACAGCUAUAUUGAAAUAUGGCUGAAAUUAUGAAGUGAUGAGUCAGUACAACACAUUUUUAUUAAUAUGAACUACAUCUUCUACUCUCAGGUACGUUGCCAAAGCUUGACCCAACUUUAAAUUUGGCAAUUCCCUUCAUAUUUUUCUCCUCCAUGCAUCGUGUGAUUCACUAAAGAAGCCGCGAUUGAAAUAAACCUGAGAAUUUCAAAGCAUCAAAAUAGAUGCAGCCACAUUGCAGAAGAAACAGAAAUAAACAGAACAAAGAGGAUCCUUUCUUCUCCCCCCCAUCGUUUUCAGUCAUGUAGUUACACGGCUCCACUGGAUACAUUUGACCACAGGAUCAGGCCUCAUGUACAGAGCGGGAUCACAUCCAGGCAGGCAUCUUGUUAAGCAAUGCUUGUAACAGUUCAGACAACUGCACAGGGAGUAUGGAAAUGGCCGUUUCUCUCUCUGCUCUUUAUUCAAUCCAUCUUUCAAGACUGCUUUCCAGAGGGAUCGUUGCUGUAGCAAACAGCCUCGCACCAAAACAGGACAUGGCAGCCUUGCCCCCACACCCUGCACGCACACACGCACACUGCUGUCUCUUGCCUUUCCGAGCGGUGCCUGCAGGCUGCCGUGUGACACCCGGCUCGUCCGCCCUCUGAGCAGCACACAGCCCUGUGCUCUGCCUGACCCAAACCUGACAAAGCCUUCUCACUUCUCGCAGGCUGAAAACAGCCCCCCUUCUCCUCCUGAAGUGAGAGACGGUUAAUGCUUUUAUUCAUCACAGGGGAGCAAGACAAACCCAGCCAUGCUAGUAAAUCUCCUCUGCUUGCUGACAUGCGUCAGACACAACAUUCUCAUCCUUAAAAGCUGGAGC